CGGACAUCUCGGUGUCUACUUUGAAGAAGCAUUACAUGACCUUCUCACUGGAAAUUAAAAAAUGAAUUCAACCGCGGCCCUUUAUAGUUCACCCGAUUAUGUAUAGAGAAAAACAAGUACAUGAGUAUGUAUAUAUAUACCUAUAUAUAUGAACAGUGGAAUAUAGAGAUUUAGAGAUAUAAGUAUAUAGUGCCUGCUUCUCAAUUCAUAGCUUAACAUAAUUGAACUCUAUAACCGCUAGCCUUAUCAUCUAUACUCCAUCAUAGCAAAUAACGCAAACAAAAGUCCUUACUACAUGGGCUUCAUAGAAUAACUCUAACAAUGUCGACAUCUAGCAACGACAAAGGAGCAUCACCAGGGCGUCUUCUUAGGCUCACCUUACAAGUCUACGGUAAUAACAAAAAUAAACCCGGAGACAACGAAGCUUUCGCGCGCGAGUACCUUACCAAGGUUGCAAGCAUUAAUGCUCGGAACGGUAUCGAGAUGUACCAGCAGGUUUUCACGCCGGCACCAUAUCGCGCCGCCUUGGAGGAGAUGAACCGUCGAGGAAACAGAGGCUGGGUCGUCGACGAUCACGAUAUCACAGUCGAAUUUUACUUCCGUACCUUCGCAGAACUCGAAAAGAUGCGGGCGGAUCCGGACUUUCAAGAACUGCAGGCUGCUGAGGGCCCGUAUGUGAAUCUCGUGCAUACAGUGGUGACGCUGGGCUGGGUCGAGAAGUACGUCGAUGGCGGCAGGGUGGUGAAUGUUGGCUCGGACGGGAAGUCGGUUUAUCCGCCUUGGUCGGAAUUGCAGGAUUUGUCGACUGUGUAUUCGGGACAGACUGCGUAGGGGCAGUACGAGUUAGCUGGAGAGUGAGUGUGUUUUAGUUAGUUUGGUGAGCAUGCUAUUUUGUUCCGAGGUCUUGAAUCUGGUAGUCUAGGAUUUUGUUAUUGAAGGGGCCCCCUUUUAUGUACAAGUUCCUUAAAGGCUCACUAUUAGGUAUCCUUUUAGGUGAAACUGGAAUACCUAAGGGUAAAUUUCGAGUUCGUAUAGAAUGGUUUAAGGUGCUUUGCUUUAUAAAGAAAUAUCACCUGGAUUAUAUAAUGGAAAUGUAUGUUGAUUUAAUAGCUACUAAUUUACCAC